GCAGAUCUUUCAAAGAUGGGAAAUUCCAAUGAUUCUUUCCGUUUUGUCGAGCCCUGCUUUGGUCUCUGGUUUGAUGGUUGUACGUGCUAAAAAUCCGGUACAUUCCGUUUUGUUUCCCAUCCUAGUCUUUUGCGACACUUCUGGUUUACUUAUUUUGUUAGGUCUCGACUUCUCCGCUAUGAUCUUCCCAGUAGUUCAUAUAGGAGCUAUUGCCGUUUCAUUCCUAUUCGUGGUUAUGAUGUUCAAUAUUCAAAUAGCGGAGAUUCACGAAGAAGUAUUGCGCUAUUUACCAGUGAGUGGUAUUAUUGGACUGAUCUUUUGGUGGGAAAUGUUCUUCAUUUUAGAUAAUGAAACCAUUCCAUUACUACCAACCCACAGAAAUACGACCUCUCUGAAAUAUACGGUUUAUGCCGGAAAGGUACGAAGUUGGACUAAUUUGGAAACAUUGGGCAAUUUACUUUAUACCUACUAUUCCGUCUGGUUUUUGGUUUCUAGUCUGAUUUUAUUAGUAGCUAUGAUUGGGGCUAUAGUACUUACUAUGCAUAGGACUACAAAGGUGAAAAGACAGGAUGUAUUCCGACGAAAUGCCUUGGAUUCUAGGAGGACUACUAUUCAUAUUCAGAACAGAAGGUUCUUCUCCCACAAAGGGGAUGACGCACCUGUCCCCCCCGCUGAUCCGGAAUCCAUUUAAUCUGAUUUGGCAGAGAGAAUAGAAAGGAUUUAUAGGCGGGCCGGGGAGGAGCAAUCUUUAGUAGAAGCCGGGACUACGCCAAGGGAACUUGUAGAUAACGUCCUGCCAGAGGGGGCGGAGCUACCGCUUCUACAAGAAACCUGGGUUCAGUUUGUACGGGACGAGUCACACAGCGAGUUUUGGGUAGAGAUCGAUUCGAUAAUCUGCUAAGGAAAUAUGGGCACGCGGCGCGCGGUGAGCCCGACACCCCCGAUCCCGAUGCUCGAGCCUGAUGCCCCUCAAUCAGGAGGAGGCGACUCAGCGGGGAGCACGGGGGAAGAAAAUUGUCCGGGGGCGGGGAAGGAAAGUAGGAACCUCCGAAGGCCCGCCCGAGUCAAGGAAGCGCAAAAGUUAUUCUGAUUCUGAUUCCGGGGGGGAUGAUGGGAGUGACCCUGCUCCGGAUCCUUCUCCUUUCUUUUGAUUUUGACUAAAAUGAGAGGUGGAGAAAUUGAGUUCUUUUGAGCAGCGUUGUCUGUAGUAGAGUAGCUUUUUUUUUUUUCUUUUACAGAAAGAAGGCGAGGCCCACCUGCCUUCUCUAGGUACUUUACUUGGAAAGGUGUCACCGCCUUCCUUCUUCUCUAGGUACUUUACUUGGAAAGGUAGGUGCGGGAAAGAAGAGCGGGUAUGUGGGCUUCUUUCAAUCGAAACUUUUUUGAAGCCGUCAAACUUUAUCGUUUCAUUAUAGAUGGAUCUAAAACAUUGCGUUGCAGAGUGGAGGCGUGAAGAAGGUUAAGAGAAGCAAGCCAAAGGAAAGAAAAAGCAACUUGAUACAAUAUUGAAGAUAAACACUCAGGAAAGCACUGGGUCAACUGACUCCACUAGCCAGCUUCUGCUUCAGAACUUACUUCAAAGAGGCUGACUUAGCACUUAGCAUAAUGCUUUUGUUCCGGUGCAUAAAAGUAAGUGAGCAGGUGGGUGAGUCCAAAGGUUUUUCCGAAGCGCGAAGGACUUGCAGUUCUAAAAUAGGAAGGGCUCUGUACUCAAAUCAAAGCAAAGUAGUAGUUUCAUAGGUCGUUGUGCUAGAGCUAAGAUUUAUAUGAAAGUGUGAGGGGAAGCCAUUUCCAGCUUCUACUUUCUGCGAACCGGGCUCAUUACCGGCCUACAGUAGCAUUCUACUGUGAGCUUUCUCACUGCGGAUCGCCUUGAUUCACUGAUCGUUGACAGCUACUCAGGAGAGGUUAUCCUUUGCCAGACUUUGUGUUGAGAUGAGUUCUCCGCUUCCCGAAAAGAUGAUUUUUGUCAAUCAGCGUAGAGUGGUGGAUUAUAAAGUGGUACAGUCCGAAUGGGUUGGUUCAAGCUAGCUGUUCUUACUGAACAGGUGUUUUAGCAUUCUUUUCGAAUUCGAAGUUGCGGGGUGCUUUGGCUUUUCAAAGUUCUCAAAGAGAAUAAAGUAAAGGCGCUACGCGUGGAUCGAAUUAAAGUAACGUAAGGUUUCGUAAGAAACAAUUGAAUAAGCGUAUCAAAGAGAAUGAGGUCUAGCACUCCGAAAUACCAUUGAGAAAGAGCAAUAGAACAAGGUUAGAAUAAGAUCUCCAAAAUGGUUGAUGACUCCCACAACUUGUCAGGCUGCAUUCCCGUGAAAUUGUUUUGGGACAAUUCCAGUUUUACUAUCUAUGCGGUAGCUCAGCCAAGUAAUCUGGUAUCUCACCAUUAAGACGGUUACCUAGCAAGUUCAGCUCUGUGAGGUUCUUGCAUCCUUUAAAUGAAUGUCUCUAGAAUACUCCCAGUCAGAUUGUUAUUGUGCAAUAUGAGUGACUGCAGAGAGUUGGCUUGACAUAUCUCGGCUGGGAUAGAAUAGAACCUGAGAGCUGGUUGGUUUCUGCAGAGAAACUAACAAGAUGCUGCAAUGGCAGCGCUGGCAGAGGCCCACGGAACAUGUUUUCUGCAAGAGAUAUGGAUCGAACACUCGCCCUGUUCCGUAUCCAAUCUGGAAUAUGACCCGUAAGUUUGUUCCCUUCAACGAAAAUUGUGGCAAUAGCUUCUAAAUCUGCAAGUUCUUCAGGGAUAGAGCCUGUGAAGGCAUUGAAGGGACGGACAGAUUUUUGAGCGUAAGCUUCUUGCAGUUACUAAGCUCUUUUGGUAUGCUCCCACUGAGCCCAGCACCUUUGCAAACAGCCGAGUUAGAUUGCCCAGCUCACCGACAGAUGUUGGCAGUUCAGCAUUGAAGUAGUUCUCUGAUAUAUAAAGUUCCUUCUUUUGAGACCACCAAUUGACCAAGGGAUGGUGCCUGUGAACUUGCAUCCGGGGAGUUGAAGAACUUUUAGCAGCUUCAGGUUACCAAUCUCUUCUGGAAUGCUUCCACUAAGACCAUUCUGUCUCUAAAUUAGCAAUUCCUUAUUUUCCAGUUGACCAAUCUCCCUAGGUAUUGGCCCCACCAAACUGUUUGAUGAGAGAUCAAGUGUCAACUGGUUCACCAACGCAGUUAUUCCCGGGAAUAUUUAUCCCGUGAGGUUAUUCUGGCUUGCAUCAAGGUGCUAGAGCCGAGACUGGUUACCAAAAGCAGCUGGUAUCGACCCGUUGAAUGUGUUCAUGUGAAGGUCCAGGAUAUCCUCGAGGAUGAAGGCCAGAUCACGCCCAAUUCGAUCCUUGAAAGACCCAUUGCACUACAGCGGCAGCUCGGGCUCGAGCAACGGCGGGAGAUAAGUCUUCUCUUCAUUCAGCAUUCAGUCUAUCUUCGGAAAGCAGCAAUAAUUGAUGCACGCAGACGAUGGUUAAAUGCUUUCUUGAUUUACUACUAAUAGGUGGUGUCUAGACGCUAGGAAAAAGUGAGGAUUAUAGCUUCUGCCCCAUAGACCAUUCGGAAAGGAGUCUGUCCCUUCGGUCUUAUAUGUUAGUAUAGGUUGGUUCUUCCGAAUGCACAUAAGACCACUGGUCACCCUCAAUCCUUAGCAUUGAACUUGACUGAUUUGGCUAAGAUCUGGGGAACUAGAGCAGUCCCCAGAGGGCACUACACAAGGCAGGAGAGGCAAUAGCGAAGCGAAGCCCUAGUUCAAUCGAGGAUGGAUUCAUUGAGUGGGCGAGGAAGAUGAUUGGUAUGGGAAGAUCGGUCUUUCACUAAUGGAGCAUCUCCACCCUAGCCUUGAAGUUGAACAUCCGGGGAUAUCUAAAUAUUGAACCAGUGAUUAAAAAGAAUGGCAAGACUGCGGUUGAAGUCCCAGCUGGAAAUCCAAAUUGCUCGAACACAAAAAAUCUAGACAAAGGAAAGAAACCUGGUUUGCAUAUUUUCGUAUAUGCCCAACUAAUCUAUCGCAUAGGAAGAUCGCCCCUGUAAGUUUAUUUCACACAUUAUGUUACUUUGUUUAUGGUGUGGAAAUAAAUAUCAAUAUUCUAACUUGCCGCUUUCUAUGGAUGCAUCCUCUACUCUAGUGCUUACCUGUCCUACUUUCUUUAAUUCAUUCCUAUUUCCUCUCCUGUACUUAUAUUUAUCUUGCCUGCGGCAGUUUUGUAAUCAAUUUCUACUAGGGAUAGGGAGCGUGAACUUUCUCUCAUCCAGUGAAUGAGUUACCUGAAGAUCGAUGGCAUAUAAAACGCCCUAAUUCAAUAUAAAAUCUGUUAUUUCACUUUCAAAAUGCCCCGUUCGCACUUGCUUGAGUGAGGCGCAAGCCGUUUUCUUGCUAGGCAAGAUAGGUCAACGGAUAGCUUGUUGGUUGAUACGGGACCCCUUCUCAACUUCAUGUGUUUUGUAACUGCCAUAAAGCAAGGCCAUAGUCCAACAUUCCAUCCUUUUCCACCGCUGUAUUGGCUUCUGCUUCUCUUCCUUUUGCCGAGGAAGAUCUGCUUCUCUUGCAUCCUCCAGUCUUAAAUUCCUAUCCGUACUAGACUAGACCUUCCCUUAGCCAUCAACCUACCGAACCCAGGAAUGAGAUCCACAAGGAAAGAGAUUGGCAGAAAUCCAGAAAGAAUGAUGCACAAGAAAUGGUUAGAACCUCGAGAAUAGAUGCGAAUAGCAGCUCAGAUCAGAUCCGAGAUGGAGCAGCAAUAAAGCAAAGAGGAGCAGAAAGGUUCGAAUCGAAUCGCAAGCAGCUGACUAGAGAGAGAUGAGUUGAGAAAUAAAGACUAUCCAAAUAUUGGAUAAGUUGUUUCGUAAUUCAUCUUUGUCAUUGACUUCGGCCUCUCAUUUAUCCUUAUUUGGUAGCUGAGAAGUGAAGCACAACAAAGUUUUAAUAGAUCUCUUCCUGUCAUUCAAUAACCAUCCUUUAUUUUUGCAGUAUAGAGAAGUGAUUAGCCGGUGCCCAGGAUAAGGUAGUGGAACUGGUGCGUAUCAGGUUUGGCAUUAGCUCUUUUGAAUAAUAGAGCUGAGCAGCUAAGAACAGAUAGCAAUCUGGAACAGCUCUGAAAUGCAAAUAAAAUGAUGAUUGGUCCUAGCUUAUGGGUUGCGAUAAGACAGUUUCGAAGGUUCUAGCCAUCUCAAGGAAGUAUAUAAGUAGCUAUCGGCACCUUUUGAAGAAGGAGGCUCGGUAGCAGAGAUGUUGAGUAAAGUCUAGAUGACACGAACCCUAGCAGAUCUGCUAUAGCAAAGUGGUAAGUUACCAGCGGUGUCGAUAGAAUAGAAGAGAAGCAUCAGAGCGAGCGUUAUAGAUCAGUCAGCAUUAGCGACAUCAAUUCUGCUACAGUUUUGUUAAAGAAAGGUGAAUACAUUCUAAAAAGUCUAAAACUCAUCUUAUUUCUUAAAGAGCAUAUAACAACAAACGAUUUCACUUACAAGGGGGUGCAGCUGCAGGAACUGGGUGCUGUGCCGCCCGCUGCCUACUUAAUGUUUCGCUUGCCUUCUACACUUCUGCAAUGGGAGUCACCACAUGAGAUGCUAUUUUUCACCUUUCGCUAUUAUUCGCUCUUGCGUGUCUUUGGAGCCCGAUCUUUCCCUUGCUUACGCCCCUAGAAACUCCGUGAAAAAACCACCUCGUUUUUCCAUAAAUAAAGGAUUCCUAAUAAAGUUUUUACAUAUCAUAUCCCAGCGGUAUUUUUUUAAUAAUUUUUGCAUAAAUAAAGUAUAAUUUCCACAAAAUAACACUUUUAGGCGCCCACUUGAAAUUCAACUUAACGUUGGACGUUGACCAGGCCCUCUCUAUUGCCAGAAUUGGGGACUGGCUCUUCUCCACAACUAGAAAACACAGAACUGCCAGAGGUUUGGUCAUAACCAGCACGCACCCUCGCCAAUUUCGUUCUAAGCUCAAUCCAAGAUUGUGAUCGGGUUGCCUUUCGAUAUAACUUGGUUCAAGCUUGGAUCCAGUGGAUAGAUACUUUAAACGAUGGUAGGAACGGGAGCUACCCUGGAUCACUUGAGGAAGUAAGAACGCAAGUCUCUCAGUUGAAAUUAGAUCGUUCCAGGAUAAUAGCUGAAGCGGCUGAGAACUCCCAAAGAGAAGAGAACCAGCUUAAGGAGCAGGUAUCCGGAGUAUCAGCAAGCUAUAAAUAGCUUUAGGAUUGUAUGAAUAGAGUUGAGGAUCAAGUAUCCCUCAUAUUUAGAUCCCCCGUUGGGAAAAGCCCCUUUUUUAAAUCCUUUCACGCUUUCCCUUUGCCGAAGGCCGGCCUCUUUAGUUCCUACGUUUUCGGAAAAGAAGGUGAGACGCUAGCUAGCAACGGGAAAAAACGAGUAGUUAAAGAUGUGAAUGUAAGACUACUCGAAAGUACUUCCAUUUUUAUUAUAUUAUAUAGUUUCUAAUAGAGAGUACAGUUGUAUCUAUGUGCGAAACGACGAAAGAAAGAUGGAAGGCCCAAAGAGCUCUACAGUAGUGCCCCGGAAUGGGGUCGUAGAGCCGGUAACCCACUCUGUUUAGUAUUUUGAUUUCGUUCAAGGUGUUGCUCUGUCAAAUAGAGAUUGUGUGGGUGUUCAGUCUACCACUCAUGUUCACGUUCUACAAAUCUAAGGGAGUGCUCCUAGACUGGACGACUUCCCGUAAAUAACCUAGUUCAUGUUCCUUUGAAAGAAAUAAAAUGAAAGCUUUUGAAGCGAAGAUGUCAACGCGGUGCUAGGUUUGCGCCGGCCACGAUUAUUUAUAAGUAUAUUGGAAAGAAGAGUGACUAGGCUACGGUCUAACUUUUUCUUCCUAGCGGAGUUCAAUACGAAAAUAAAGGCGCUCCGCGUUGGGAAUGGCGUACGUAGUACGGGUGGUAUUUCCGGUAUAACUGAUCAGGGUUGUUCUGAAAGCAAGUCAAUUGGUGCUUUGGAAAGUGAGUGCCAGAGGCUAGUCACUGCUUGGUUUACAGAAGGGAAGGAAGAAAGAGAUACCGAAGCAGAUUCAGUAUAGAAAAGAAGAAAUUGAUACCAUUCAUUCCAGCUUAUUUGAUACCCACUUAAAGUUUCUAUCAAACCAUGUCUUUUUCUUCGAACGUCAAUCUCGUAGGAAUUUAGAUUGGAAGUGUGGUAUUGAAGGGCGAAGCCUUUACUCUUUUACUUGUUUCUUUGAAUAUAAUAUAACAUAGUAUUGACUACGCACUUCGAAAGAUAAUGGUGUAUUCCGAGGAUCAGUCCGUUUUUUAUUGAAUUCGCAAAUUGAUAGAUCUGGAUGAUUAAAAGAAUGAUUCUUCCCUGGGUAUUUCCCCGCUACCAUUAUGGAAAUUGGAGCUUUUCAAUUCCAUUUUGGAGAUGCUCGUAACGAUUUUUUUCUUUUGGGUGGGCAAGAAAAGGAUUUGACUCUUGAAGAUAUCAACUCAUACGCCUGCUCCAUACAUUAAAAAACAUUUUGGGUACUUUCUAUUAGAAUGGAUAAAUAGAAAUGGGUACAUUCCUCUUUCUCUUUCCUGGCCAAACUACCAAAAAAAAAGAAGAGAGAGAGCUGUAAGAGCGGUAAAAGCAAGCUCGGUGGCCCGGUUCACUACAGGUUGAUGUAUCCUUUUGAAAGAAAAGUCAAUCUCUCUAAAAAAUAAGCACUUCAACAAGUCAGGGCCCUUUUUUAUACAACUCCUAUGCGUAAUUGAUAGCUUUUUGGUAUUCUCCAUAUAUACUACUAGGUACGAAAUAACAGGAAAGAUAGAAAUAGUGACUUUGGCUUCAAAUAGAGAGCAGCUUAAAGGGAAGGAGGACAGCUCUGAAAAAAUAACUGAACACUGGCUAGGAACUGGGCUGCACUAAGCCCGGCACUUUUUGGGCUUCUUCAUGAAUCUCGUUUUCAGGUAAGGUCAGACUUAUUGAAUAUAUAUCUGAAAGAAAGCAAAGGAAUGAAUCGUUUUUUCCAAUUACCUUCUCUCGAAAACCAUAGAUCUUCUGGUUACCAUUGACUAUCCGGCACUUUCGUCUGUAGAGCGAAGCAAGAAAUUGCAUGGAAGGGCUUGCCCUGCUAAUAUCAGCCUUGUUUGGAACAAUAGAUGCAAUCCAUUUCAGUGUAUGUCACUGAGUUCACCAUUGCAGUUGAGACGUCAGGCAAUUGAGCGUUCCCUAGAGUUUGGUUCAAAGGCUAAGGACUCCCCGCCGCCUUCAUAAGGGCACUAAGGCGGAGCACGGAAAAGAAAAUGGGGCACCCAUGUUUUACCAGUCCCGGAUCUCAGGGCCGUUUUGCACAUGAACGAAAUCGAAUUUCAUUGCGGGAAAUUUGGAUUUCAUGAGGGAGGAAAAGGCAAGGCGGAGGGUGGAGAGUCGUACAAUGCAUUGGUGGGAUGAAGGUGCUAGCUUGGCUGAGAUAGGAAGUUUCGAUGUGUAUGUAGAUUUGGUUCUAGUGCCCCCACCCUUUUCGAGAUCUGUCAGGAUUUAAAAGAUGUUAUAGUGUAAACUAUAGAGAAAUGGAAUGAAUGAAAUGUAUCUAAGAAGAAAGGAAGCCAUGCUCCAUCCUGUUUAUAAAAAGAACAUCACCUCCCUUCCCUUUUUGGUUAGAUACCGCUCCGUUAGGUACUAAUGCUUCUACCUAUCACCCUCCGGGUGAGUUUGAGAGCUGUGUUUUUUCCAACGUUAAUAGCAUUCCGCGAGAAAAGAGAAAAGUCAUCUACUGAUGUUGUCAGCGGAGUCCCUCGUCCAUCCAUGUAUGAAUAGCGGUAUCCCCCAUUUUGGACAGUGAUGAGGUAGUCGACGCAAUUUGCAUGUGUAUUUGCGUUCGGCUUUGCUACUUUCCUUCUAGACUAUAAAAGAAUGUCCGCGGAAGGGAAUAGUCUACGUGGCCCGGGCCCGGGGUAGUCUUUCAAUUCCUUUAUCGGGUGGGAGAGUUUAGAACCUGUUAAGCCAAUAGCUGCAGCUUUAGUCACACUAGCUACAUCAGUGGAUCAUGGAUUUAGCAUACCACCUCAGAAUAGUCUACGUGGCCCCUACUUUUAUUUUACUACUUUUUUUUCCAGUAAUGCAGACAGCCCUUUUUAAAGCGCUAGGCCGGGCAGUUGGUACGAAAACAGAACCAUUAGUGGAGUAAGAUCCCGAUCAAAGCAGAGCGGUCUAAUCGAAAUAAUCAUAUCUAAGAGCAGGCAGGCACACGACUGGAUAUCAAAGGUGGGGCUCCCCUCCUCUACUCUACUCUACUCUACUAAAUGAAAUGAAAUAGUAUUUGUAUUUGGGUCGUCUUUGUGUUCGAUUCGAAUAGAAGCGCCAUUGUCAUCCGCUGCAGUUCUUCAUAGUCCGUCCUAGUAAGCUGGUAGGUUGGUGGAUGUGAACAUAAACUCCUCAUAUUUCCUACUGUUGCUUCCUGUAUAAAGGAAGAGUUGUCAGACAAUGAUACUCUUUCCAAAUCUGCAAUCUUCGUCGUUGUAAUGCCUCAGUCAUCAAUAGUAGAUAGUUGCUCAACUAUGCAAUAAGGAUUUUCCUCUCCUCACAGAUUGGAGGACUUUCACUUGACUCACUAGUGGGUUUUGCCUCGGGAAACAAGAAUAUGGAUUUGAGCAAGUCUGUUUUCCCAUGGGCCUACUACCUGCUAUUUUCAAAGCGUAGAGGACCCGCCUUUCUGAUCAAAGUAUGCUUCCCUUAUGGGCGAAACCACUGAAUCGGACGGAUCCUUUUUUCUUGGAUUGACCAGGCCAGCUUCUCCACCCAAUUCUUUUCUUACGAGACGAGAUAGGCACAGUGUCAGGGUCAUGUGAUGUGAAUGGUUUGUUUGAUCUGUUUCUUGUCCCUAUGGGUUCGAUUGGCAAUCAGGAUAUCGGUCGCUUGGCACUAGUCGAAUAGGCGAUUCAGUCGUGAUAGUGCCAUCCCUUGCCCCUUGGAGUGAGUUGAAAGCACUCUUCCAGCUCUUGAUUCGCGGAAUUCAUUACGAAGCAAGAUUUCAUUUCAUUUCCAUUUACGUCAUUAGCAAAACAAGCAAGAUUCACCUCAGGAUACGACGAAUUCUGGAACACUUCCUUGAUUGAUAUAUGCAUUUUCUAGAGCAGGCACCAUUGACUGCUUCUUCAACGUCUAUACUAUACGAGACGAGACGAGUUAUUGUACGAGUCAAGCUUGCUCCAGACCAAGCUCACUUUACACGGGCUUAGAACUCAACCUGACCCAACAAGAAAACGGAUAGACGCAGCGCAACGGCUUGAUAGCCUGACUCAGCAAGAGGCGAGGAUGCACGUGACUAACUAAAACAGCUUUCGCGCUAUCAACUUCUUUGAUCGAACCUGGCCUGGCGAUUGAAGCAUUCGAGAUAUAGAAGAAACUGCCCAAGUCAACCGGAUAUUCCAAAGCAAGGGUUAUGAAUCAAAAGAGAAGUGCCAGCUGGAUCUCUGGUUCAAAGUUCAGGGCAUGGAAUUGAUUCGUAUGCUCGUUCUCUCGCUGAGCAGAACCAUCUCUGUCUGAGAAGACCCAGUCUCCCAGUGUUUCUAGAAAAGGAAAUCCCAUUCGUCAACCUAAAUGGAAGGGCAGGUAAGGGAAGGCCAGCAGGAAAUUCAGUAAGUAAGGUAUCUCAGUGCCAGUGCUCUCCGGUUUCAAGUUGAUGCGGGCAGUCGUGGGGACAGGCAAAGCUGGGAUGCCUUACUAGCAGGAAUGAAAAGGUAUGUAUGAACCAACAAAGGUCAAGUAGACGAACACAUAUCCACUCCACUAGAGAAAGCGUCGAACCAGGGAAGAAUGAAUGGUUAGAACCAGUCAAGGGUGCCGUACUCAUGCCUACGGGGAAAGAGACUGAUCCGUAUCUGAUACGCCUUCACUUCUUUCGAGCUUCUUAUUCGAUUUCUUAAAUGACUUCUUCGGGCCUUACCCUAGACUACCUUCACUUAACUUAAUGCAGAAGCCAGAGUUCGAGGAAAGCGGUAGUUGGUUAUUUCGGGAUGAAUUUCUAUUUCUAAAAUGUGGAUGAACAUAAAUGGACGGAAACGAGAAAAAUGCAUAAUUCAUAUAAGUUCAUUCGAAAGAAUGAGGAUUCAUGAUGUCUCUUCCCAACCAUUCUUCCUGAGGAAGGCACCUCCGAUCGAGUCCUUAGCGCCAUGGAUAUUCUUCGCAGUGCCUUUGGAUGCUUCUCAGAAACCGCCUCUUUCCACUGGCUAUAUGAAAUUCCAAAUGAGACUUCCCUGCGUCGCCAAAGGAAUGGGAAACUUCUUGGUUCGAAACCUUUGAUCCUAUGCCGCCUGUCUGAAAAUAAAUAUAAGCAAGGCACCUAUGACUACGAAUCCGAAGGCCAAGCAUGCGGAUUUGACAUGGUUUCCCACUUUUCUCAGAGUCACUGGGCAAUAGAAAAGUAUACAAGCACAUUUCCAAUCUACAUAAAGAUACCAACCAGGUAUCUACUUCAAAGACAGGGCGUCGGCGAUCCUCUACUAUUAAGAGACAGAUAACAAUGGUGCCGACAGAGAUGGACAGAACUGCAGAGAAUACCUCUCCGGAGAAGUCCUUACAUGUCUCAAACUAAAUAAAUCCAACCAAUAGUGAAACUGAAACAAAAAACACGUCUCUUACACACGAGAGACACUGUUGAGUCUCUCUAUACUAUUUUCAGUAUAGAGUCGGGGUACACUCAACAAAGAAAAAUCCCGAACAAGAACAAAGAAUGGAAGAUAUUAUGAGCACGAUUCGCAUAUUGUUGCCCUUGCGUAAGCAGAUUACCGGAUAUUUUGACAAACCGAGCCUUUCUCUUAAUCGAGAUUCUACUAAUGAGUUCUUAAGCACCUUUCUAAAAACUUACAUCGAGGAUAUUCAUGAUUUCCAUUUCAUCGAUGAAGAUCCUAUAGAUCGGGGAGAAUCCUCUUUAUCAUUAGACAAUAAGAAUACAACUUAUUACGAGGCUGAUGCAAGUGAUGAAGAAAUGGAUAUAACAGAUGGGAUAGAGGGAAUCAUAGGGGGUACUAAUCGAGGCCACAACGGUGGUGGCGACGGUGAAGCUCUAUUCAUUCAAAUAAGCAGGUUACUUAUGAAAUAUAUAAAGUAUUAUAUACUCAACAUAACACAUACCUAUGAUGCCAUGCCUUGGUGGGUAAGCGGGAUACCAUGGUGGAUGGCUGAGAGUAUCCUCACACUCUUAUCGUUAGUAUGUAUACAUUCUAUACUUCAAUUUAAUCCUCUUAUCUAUAAGGGCAAUCGAUGUGAUAUUAUUUAUAAGGUGCCGGAUAUUACAUUAAUAGGAAUAACCAACCAUAUAACAAAGGAACCAAUUAAACAGCUACAAUGGCUCUAUUCUCUGACACCUGAUAACUAUCCUACUAAAUGGAUCUAUAGACUAAGAAAUCUCUUUAGUUAUGAUGAGAAUAUUCCAUAUAGGAUAGGAUUUCUAAGAAUAAAGUGUUCUUUAGGCUUACGGAGUAUAAAAGGCUUAGUAUUAAGUGAUUCUGUAUUAUAUCAAUAUGCCCAUUUGGGAGCUGGCCUCAAAUCUCUCAUUCCGCAAUCUAGAGUAGCCAUUUUCAUGCAAGUUGCAACUCGUCAUUUUGAUGAAAGGCAUCGUAAGUAUCUCUACGGUUUCUUUAAUAUACUUGUGUAUUCUGGCGUAGGAUUAGUUGUUUGGUACUAUAUCACACCACACCUUAUACCUGAUUUAGGAUUCUUCCGCGGGGUAAACCUAGAUUCUUUUAAGGACCCAGCUUCGGUUGUUGAUGGGUACAAGAGGGUUUCGUACAUAUUUACAAAAGACGUCGUUAAGACUGUGUUAAGAACUUGUCGAAAUGAUACUUUUUUUCACAAUUUACUAAAUGAGGAAUCAAUCCAAUUUUUUGAUAACGAAAUUAUCAGCAUAACCGAUUUGAAUUCAAACAGACACCUUAAUCUAGAUCACUUCGAGGAGGUUGAAGCUAACAAGCUAGAUCUAGUAGCGUGUAUUGCAGUAGGUAUUAUGAGUGCUACCUUUAUAGCUACCAAUCUUCUUCCUCCUGGUACUACUACGAUAGUCCAAUGAAUAAGGAGAAGGUCGUUAUUUGUCAGUAUUGAGCCUGAUAGCAUAAUUCAGUACCCGUGAUGAUGGGCUCUAGCAAGGAGGAAGGGAAGCAUCCUCUUCAAUAGCUUGAAAUCAACUACAGAGUGUUGAGUAUCAAAUUACGUAUUCUAUUUAUUCAGAAAUCGCACAGGGGAAGCUCCUGAAUUCAUUAGUUGAGUAUGUGAUCUCAUAGUAAGAAGUGAUCACAAACGGUGAUGGAUGCCGAGAGUAUGUUGAUGGGGUGAAUCUGUAGAACAAUACUACAGUAGAGAUUGGGUAGCCCCCUCAACUAUAAAAUAAGCAAAUCCUGAAAGGCGAGUAAAAGCACCUACAGUUGUAUCUGUCUAAGCUAUUAUAAGCUUAGAGAAGGGGGGGAAACCCCCAUCGGGUAGAUGCAACUAUACAAAAUACCCAACACACACAAAAACAAGGGACACACUAUUAUAUCAUGAAAAACACUGUCGAGUCAUUAGAACAGUUGAAUACCACACUUUCUAAUACAGUCAACGAUAUACCAGAAUCAUCUGCAAUGGGUGCCUUAAGCCAUUCGGCUAAUUCGAGUAUUAAUGCAGCUCUUAACAGUACGGAAGAGGUAAAAAGGGGUGAAGAUGUCGCGGGGGAUUCAAUUCAUGCAAAUAUUAGUGAUAUGUUUCAUAUAGGUAACCCAUUCAACCCAUUUCAGUGUUUCAUUGAUAACCACAUGCGUAAAACCAUCUUUGCAAAAAAUCCAUAUGUGCAAUACGCUGUCGAAAGUUCUUAUUACACACCUGCGGUUAAUCGUCUGGUUAAAGGGUUGAGUUUGAAAGAUAUGGAUCCUAUCAUGCGUAUGCACUAUCUUUAUAUGCGCUCGUUGCUCCGUUUAAAAUUGAAAAGAAAGAUUUAUCGUGCAGAUUUCAGUGAAUAUAAGGGGUUGCGGUCUCUCUAUAACAGGGCUACAGAUAAUUUAUAUAGCCACCUACAAAGGGCAUUAGAAAAGUAUGAAAACUUCGGUGUUUCUGCAAAACAUAAAGUAUUGCAAUGUUUAGUACACGUGGUGACAUCACAAUCAGACAACAGUGUUAGGUAUGUCUAUGGGAACAUCUUUGCACUAGUUAGAUUAGGUACUUAUGUAACAGUGUGGUACUGUUAUACUGAGAGCGCACCAGAUUUCAUAUCUGUGGACCCGCACUAUCUUGAUAUAGAAUUGAUUAUUGAUUUAUUCAAAGUUCGUAAAUUAUUCGUAUGGAUUCCAUACGAGGAAGUGAUUAGUACAUCAAUCUUAGAAGCUUAUGAUGCGGUUGUGGAAAGGACGGCUUUAACGGAUUGCUUGGAUAGAAAGUUGAGAGAAGAGGAAUUGUCGGAUAAAUUCGAAUUCUGGGGGAAAUGCUCUGAUGGUGAUCAUACCAUAGAUUCUGUAGAGGAGAAUGCCACUAUAGAAUAUGCUAGCAGUAAAGAAGGUAGUGCCUGUAAAGAGGGGGUGGAUAGUAGCUGUAAAGAAGAAGGUGGUGGCUGUGAAGAAGAAGGUAGUGGGAGUGAAGAAGAUAGUGACGAUAGUGACAAUCCUAGAUACCUGGCAUUCGGUGUGGUUGUCCUUGUAGGUGUGUUAUUAUACGUCUGGUAUUGUUCUAGGUAAUUCUAUAUUUAUUGUGAAAACCAGAAAUAAGAGUUUCAGUUCAUACUUGGCGGUAAAGGGAUAACCUUUUUGUCUUGAGUGGAAAUAGAAUUCCUUUUUGCAAAGCUAGCUCUUAUGGCGCAUUGGUGCACAAUCGUGCACUGCUUCUUCCUCAUAAAAGAACCCGGCUUUCCUUCCUAUAUGUUUAGGAUAAAAACCUUAUCCAUUAAGAGAUGGAACUUCAAGAGCUGCUAGGUCUAGAGGGAAGUUGUGAGCAUUACGUUCGUGCAUUACCUCCAUACCAAGAUUAGCACGGUUGAUGAUAUCAGCCCAAGUAUUAAUAACGCGACCUUGGCUAUCAACUACAGAUUGGUUGAAAUUGAAACCAUUUAGGUUGAAUGCCAUAGUACUAAUACCUAAAGCAGUGAUCCAGAUCCGGCCAAGCAGCCAAUCAGUCGUGUAAAGAACGAGAGUUGUGGAAAGAAACUAGCCUAGCGUAUUGGAUGGAAGAUUCGAUUCAUCGACCUAAAGAACCGUGCCGGGGGUGCCGUGAGCAGCCACACCUACUACUUGACUCUUCCUCUUGACCGAAUGGCGAACCCAGAUUCUUCAUUUAUCACCGCAAACGAACAAUUUAUUUGCGUAGUAAAUAGAGUAAGGAUCAAAGAGUAUACCACUAAACAAGACCCUUAUAGAGCAGAGAGAGAGACAAAGGACAUAACAAGACCCUUAUAGAAAGUCAAAAAGAUAAUCAAAGGCAUUCCCUGGUUUACUAACCCUUAUAGAGUACAUGAGCCAAAGCACAAUCCAUCCCUUCCAAUCAGACAAGAAGGAAUCCGAUGUAUUGAUCUUCGUCUGUACUGUGCUGUACAAGACAAUUACCAAAGAUCACAACUAAUGAUCUGUUUGACACAAGACAUGACAUGACCUGGCGGAUCAUAUACAGAAAUGGGUUUAGCCUUCUCCUUGGCUUGACUCUUGUAAGUGAAAGGUUGGAUCAUAUCUGGUUUCCGGGAAGGUGCCUCGCUAUUCCUCUGUUUUGUAGCUGACUAGUAAAGGUGGCCUAGCCUGCACAGGUUCGUUGGUUUCAGCUUGUGCUUUACUUGAGUGGUUUCGGGCUCUGUUUGGUAUUAGCUUGAGAAGCGGUUGUAAUUGUUCAUUCAUAUCUUGUUUCAGCAAUGGUCUAUACUAUAGAGCUCGGGAAUGCAUUCCAUGCCUAUUCUUCAAUAUGAGAAGGGGUGUCUCCCCCUCUUAGAGGCUUUCCUCUUAGCUUAGAGGCUUUCCUCUUUUUAGCAGCAUCAGCUUGAAUCUCCCGAUUAGCAAUCAUGAUUUCCGAAUUAGAAAAUUCAUUUCGGAGAUCUUCAUUCUCCUCUAACAAAUUCAUAAUUAUCCGAUAGGAGGUCGGAUUGAUACUUUUCACAUCAAAGUCACCUAUAUGGCAGGGCUUAGUAUCAACCCAUACUCCAUUUUUGUCGAACACAUACUCCCUCUUUUUACUUUCUAACCCCAUGGUAUACUUACACAUUUUCUCUUGAACCAACAGUUCACGGAAGUUUCUACUGAACUUUCGGACAUAUGAAAUCACUUUUUUAGCCCUAGGGUCAGCUAGCUGGUUGAUGAACCAUUCUUCAUCAGCCUCAUCUUUACCCGCUCCUUUAAACUUUAUUAUGGGUUGGUCCACACUAGAUGCCUUAAGCAUAUAGGACUUAGGUGCUAAAAAGAUGCCAUAUUCGACAAAGUGCUCAUGCUUAAACUUACCCAAAGCGGUAGGUGAUACCUCUUCUUCAGGAAGUUCCCUCUCAACAACGACUGAGUCCGUAUCCGUGUAAUAGCAGUCAUCCCUCGAAAUGAAUGGGUGCAUUCUUAUGCGGGCAUAACCCGUGACAGCGGCCGAUAUUUGAACAGCAGCAUAAGUAGGGCGGUCUGAACUAAGCUUCAGUAAAUCCAAACUUCUGACAUUUUUGCAUGUUACUAGGCACUUGUCUGAACUAAGCUCAUAACUUUGAACAAACCCAUCAUUAUAGAGAGCUAAUUUUCUACUUUCUUCUGUAGAAACAAUUUGAGUCGUUGUGCUUUCGGGGCUGAUCCCGAACCUCCCGUAGAGACUGUUCAUGGUGAUUUUAUAGAUGAAAUCCAGAGCUUUCUCCCCUUUAGCCUUAGCAUCAAGCCUUUUGCUGUAGAUGUCGUACACAAAACGCUUGAAUGGUGAUUCCUUUCUAUCAAAGAUAUAUCCACAGAUCGGGUAUACUUUGUAGCCCAAACUUACUGCAUACUUAAGCUCCUCAGAAAAAUAAACACCGAGAAAUCUCCCCGUGGGGAAGAUUAUCGUACCAUCAUCCUUUUUAUAAGGUAGAAGAGGCUUUUUAAUAUGCUUAGGACAAAUUAUAAAAGCUCUAAUGAACCCAAACAUAUCAUUCAACACAAUCUUUGAUUUCUUUGAUCCUAGAUCACUAACCCAGCGGGUCUUGCCUAUAGGCAUAUCAUCUAGCAUAGAUGAGGGGUAUAGAGAAUUUACAUCAUAAUAAUACAAAUUCUCCCCGUAUGGCUUAUACACGUCCGUGUGACCACCGUAGUAGCCUUCCCUAAUAAAUUGAGCCUCAUUAUCGUCAGGAAUGUAGAUGCGAUUAUCAUCAUCAUCCUUAUAGUAAACACGUCUAAAUAUUUUUAGGGCCAAUGCUGAUAUUGUUAAUACUUUCAGGAUAUCAAUCCCAUACUCUUCCCAAAUAAUGGCUUUAGCGCGUUGCAUAACAGCAGCUGUUAUUAGAAUAUCUUGUUUAAGAUAAGUUAAAGAGUCUUCCCUAAUACUAGGUAGUUUAUCAACGGUGACAUUCUGGUGAUCGAAAGAUCCCUUCCCCCCAAUUCUGGGCAAAAACUAUUGGCUAGAUCAGCGAGCUUUACUUUCAACAGGAGGUACGAAUCCAUGAACGUUAAAACAAGCCUUUUAUCCCCAUUUUUGGAUACCUUAUACAGUUUUAUGGAAUAAAUACAGUCGUUUCUCAUGAUGGGCUCUAUAUGACAGUUUUUAUAACUUUUAGUUAAAAAAGAGAGUAUCAUAAUACCGUCGAACUGAGAUAAAUUGUGAAAGUAUACAACCAUUGAACUUCCUCUUCUUUGAACAUCCUUUACUAUUCUAUUAAUCAUCUCUGUGAGCAUCUUUUCACUCAUAUCGUGAAAAUCCUGGCACACUUUUGAGUAGUCAUGUGCAUAGAACGUCGUAAUAUGCUCCGCGUUAACCCGCUUUUCCAUAUCAACCAUCAUAUACCCCCCUGCGUAGGGCACGUGAGUUUUGUCGACAUCCGUGUCUCGUCUUUUUAAUAAAAGAGUUUCUAGAUCAGCAACAAAAAAUAGAGUUUUGUUUUUCAUUUCUGUUUUAUCGACAGGGAUAUAUGACUGAUAGCGUCUUUUUGAACGUCGACCCAUCUUGGGUAUUUCUAAAUUAUUUAUGUCGCUGUAUUUAAUAAGUGCUCCCUUCAGAUAGUUCAAAGAUUCAUCUUUAGUUGGAAUUGAAGCUUGAUUCAAAUCUAUACUACCCUCCCUUUCUGAUUAUUCUAUUUAAUGCAAGAGUAAGGAUAGACGUCUUAUUCUUCAGUGUUGAGAUAGAAUGACUGUAGACCCUCUUCUCUCUUUUAGUUAGCCUUACUUAUUUAUUCCAAUUCCUCAGCUGGAAACAGAACUACCAAAGGGAAGAAGACAGAAGGCAACAAAGGCGCGUAUCAGCUUCAAGCAUAUAGAGAACUUGACUUACUCACCUACUUUAAUGCCUGCUUUUUACUACUUGAAAUUGAAAGCUGGCUUGGCUCUCAGACCAAUUAACUUGACACCUGCUUAGCGCCCUCACUGCUACUUCUCUCAUUAAGCUGCUCUCUCCUUUUAUCAACUUAUGAAAAAACAGCCUAUUGAUCUUCCGUCGCUCGCUAUGGAUGGUUGCAGUUGCCAAAAGGCUACCUUUUCGCACAACACUUAAAUGAGUCACUGACUGGUUUUGACGUACGUAAUACUUAACCUUACAAUCGGCAUUGCCCUUCUUCUUGCAACAGAGGAUUCGUUCUCUACGCCGAAAGGACUAAGAGCUCUUAUUCCGCAGCCUUUAGCACAUAAUGGAAUUGCUCCUUCUAUGCCUCCUCAUCUGUCUCGCCUGCAAAUCCUGCUAACAGCCUAGUCUAUUAGGAAACAGCUGAUUCAAUUGCUAAAACUGCUGUUCGAGAAGGGACUAACGGCACUGAUUUCUAGUGCUAUAACAGAAACUGCCCUUAACGCGCAAAUGAAAGCCCUCACAACACUCUUUACCUGCAACUGCUCCCGCUUAUGGUAGUAGAUAAACAGGUGGUGGACAUGUAUCUGCAGCCUCUGCUGCUGGUAGAUUGACUGUUUUAUAUGGACUGAGGCUGCAACUGAGGGUAGUGCCUGAGAAUGCUACUCUAUUCCUGGAAUUAGCCAUCCCCUUCUUUGACUAUUCGACCUGCUCCUCGAAGCAAGGAAGGAAUUCAGAUGGCAUUGAAUGCCCUUUCCGCAAGAAGGAUAGGAGUUGGCUUACCGCAUCUACCUUCUGGAUAAGGGCUGGGGCGUUAACUUAAGUACUAAAGCAGCUGGACCCUUCGUUGAUUCCCCACGAAGGAAUCGGAAUAUCGCUACUUCCCCUUACUGUCCUAAGCAGGGGAGAUGGAUUAAAACCUUGUGUGAAGGAAAGGCUGUAAAUGUCGUUGACCAUUAAUCCGGUUGAAGGACAAAUGGAAUGGAGAGUAAAGGAAAAUAAGGUCAUUCUUCUGUCUAGCUUCUGGUCGGUGCCCCUUCUCCAACUCCGCCAGCCAAGACUCUGUUACUCGAGCAGGAAAGUUUUCCGUGCGUCCUGUGUUCUCCCGGUUCUUACGUCUCUCAAGCCGGUUCACUUGCCUGGUCAUUACUGGACUACCAUACAAGAUUCUAUACUGAGCUGACCUAUCAACCAGACGGACUUGAACAACUGACCUGUCUGCUAUUGUUAUUGCCGGGCUCAGGCGCCAGGGAAGGGAUGAUCAGAGAAGUCAAGUCUUGCCUUGGGUCAGAGUUCCAGUUCUCUCAGAAGAAUCUCCGCUUUCCAAUCCAGGUUUACGGCUUCCAUAGCGUAUGUCAUUGGCCAUUCUUGCUUCAUAGACUGCGGCACCAUUGAUUUAUGGCCCAGAUCACGAAAAGAGAAGGCCUCAAAAACGGGAUGGAGCCAAUGAGUAGAGUAACUAGCGGUUAGAUUCGUCUUUAUGCUCGUUAUACGUGAACUAAUCUCAUUUGUUACGAAUCAAACUGAUUGACUCCGGUAGAAUGAUCCAGCGAACUCUUCCACACUGGCAUCAAUACUACUACUCCUCGGUGGCAGGCAGCAUGCAUAUUGCAAUUCAUUCACAUCUGCCAUCCAUCUGUCUCUCUCCUCAGCUCUACGCCGCCCUGUCCCUUAAGGAAAGGAAACUAGACUAGAAAUCAGAAGAACCAAAAGAGUGCCGCAGUAUUCUCAUAAGAUCAGAUCAACGCUCAUAUCUCUUGCUCGAGGUUCUAUCUCAUUCCUUGCUGCUAGUGCUAGAUAGAUUCUUUUAUUUGAGGAUCGCAUUCCUUUCCUCUUGCUCGGUCUAGUUGCAGGGUCUAGAUCGCAUUCAUUCACUAAAGUUUGCUUUUUCUACUCACUUCUAUGUGUUCAUCUAUUGACCUGGCCCGAGGCAAUAUUGAGUAGGGCUUUCAUAGGUGAACUUUCCGAACUAGCUUUCCAAGUUGUUUCGUUAUCUUGUGAUGUGCCGGAUCUCUCUUGAAUAGCUCGGUUUCUUGCCUUCCGGUUUCGGUUCUAAGUUGCUGCCCAUUCAUUUCCUACGAAUAAGGAGAUAUGUAAAGCCAGUCAUUCUAUGAAAGAGAACUUGAACUUCCAUGAGGCAAGUAGUUUAUCGAAGGUAUGGAGAAGGGCUUCACUCGCGCCUUGGGACUGAACUAGAGUACAGAACUAGCACUAGCUUCACUAGAGUAGAGAACUCGCUUCCUCCUUCCUUCUUUUCCAUUCCUAACCUGACUAUUCCAGCUUACUAGUUACCAGCGUGUAUAAUUUCCAGCCCUACGAACACUGAAAGAGAAGGCAUAGAAUCGAUUCUUUGUUGGAUCCACUCGGAGGUUCCUUCUGACCUUGUGUGAACACACAAAAGCUAGCGGCGCACUUUCUUGUCAACCUACCGAACCUCUCCUCUGCUCUGAACCGCACCACCAAAAGUACGGAUAUCCGGAUCUGGUUCCAUACUGGACUGGCUAUAUGAACUCCUCUUAGACAAACAAGGAACUAAACUAUGAUACGUAAGAACCUUAGCCGCCUUACCAACACGCAAGUAAUAUAACUAUAGGUUUAUUAUCUUUGAAACCGGGGAGCCCAUCAUCAUAUUCAAAGAAGGAUGCUUCCCACCUGGCACUACGGAACUAUUGUAUUGAGGAACGGGCCAAUGUCAUAAAAUGCAAUUCCUGCCUAGAAAUGGACUAGACUACGUACGAACUUGGAACCCAGUGGCAGGACAGCUAGAAAAGUCCAAUGGUUCAAAUCCCUGUUCUCGGGGCAAGGCAUCUAUUCUUGAGCUCUUAUGUGAGAAGGGUUUUUCUUGUUGAUACCCACAAGACGACUCCACUUGUUAUGAAAGUCCUCUUUUCAAAGCGAGAUCACUAUAAGGAUAAGGAUAAGGCCGGCGGGCCCUCCCAAGGGUGGGUGGGACCGACGCAAGCGAUAACACUCCGCCCUUGGAUUCGUUUCGCAAAGGGAGACAUCUUGGCUAAACACUGACACAAUCUACAAAUACCACUUCCAAUACAAUUUGUAGAAACUCCGACUCCCGUUCAGAAAGAAAUGGGACUUCCCGAGAGGGGAUUCACUACUUGAUGAUGGCCGAGCCAACUCAUUAAUGAGAGAACUCGGACAAUUAAAGAAAUCAGACAAAGAAUAUAGUUAUUAGUUCUGAAAGUCCAAUUUUCUCCUUUCUACUUUUCUAAAACCUAAACAAAGAGGCGUUAGCCCUGUGCUCCUAUUGUUGAAGCAGCAAUUCCCAAUCUACAGAAAGCCCGUGCCCCAAUCCAGAACAGGAACAGACAAGACAGCGCUAGCGAGGAAUAGCUUUUCAGGCACUAUCCAACAGAUCAGAUCGAUUGGCUUUCAGGAAGGAUAUGUCUCCAGCUCUACGGCACUCUUCACUCGUUGUGGAGCGGGCAGUCUACCUCCUAUAUCGCUCGUUUUCUGGUUGGUAGUGACUCGAGGUGCUGGAUGCGUGUUCAAUGCAGCUCUAUUGUCCCCUUGUCGGUAGUGGCCAUUGAUUGAGCUUCUGCAGUUGGUGGGCGUGGAAAUUCUUCUUUUUCAGUGGAAGUUUCAUAGCUAGCGAGACUAGAAGCAAAGAGCACAGUGCUAGAGCCAACAGGCAUUAAGGAAAAGAGUGCUAUAAGAGCGAAAGUCAAGCACAGUGCGAAGGAAUGCAUUUUCUUUUUAGAAGGGCAGAGAGUGGGGGAGGAAUGAUUCUCUGAAAAAGGGUAGGGUCCAGUUAGCUCGGAAGGUUUGACCCGGUAUAUUUCCCGGAAAUAUUUAGAGAGAAGACUCCAUUCAAAAAAUGCAUCCUUGGUCCUAGGUCUUAUUCAAUUAAACCGAGAAGGGCAGGCAGGUGACGCAAGUGUAAGGUGUGACCCUCGAUCUGUCUGUGAACCGGAAAGGAGGUAUGGUACUCGAAAUCAACUUGUUACUCUGCCUUCCUAUCAACAGGAAAUGGCUUGCAUGGAUCCAAAAAUAAAACGAAAACCAACAACGUUGCAAUGGGGAAGGGCGUAGCUGGUGUAAAACUAAAGCUAUAUCUUUUCUUCUUUGCUUGUAACAAACAGAGCUAUCUAAAGCUUGAAAGUAAGCAACAGAGCUAUCUAUUCCAACGUAUUGGUCCAACUCCACGGUUCCUCUCAUCUUUCUUGUCGGAGAAAGCCUGUCUUCUGAGACAUCCAUUAAUCAAAUUUGAUCAGUAACAAAAAUCGUAUGUAAUGAAAGAAGAGUCAGCCUUGGGGUGGGGCACGAGGGGUGUCCCCUGUAUGCAGGUCGCUACUUAACUUGACAAGCAGUGUUGCUGUGUAAGAGAUUGUGUGGGCGCGGUUCGCGAUCUCUUCUUUCCUUUCCCAACCAAAUAAAGAAAUGCAAAAAACGACUAAUUCUAGACCAGAAGAUCUUCUCAUGUUGGAUAUCAGAAAUAAAAUGGGUGAUCUUUCGGGAGGGAGUGCCAGUAGCACCAGUUCAUCGUCUUUUUUGUCUUGCAAUUCUAGUCUACACUCUCAUAGUCCUUCUUCUUCAGAAGGAUUCAUUUCUUUUGGGACUCCCUCGUCCUCUUCCUCUGUCAAUCAACCAUCGCCAUUAGCAUCCUCUUCCUCUGUCAAUCAACCCUCGCCAUUAGCAUCCUUUUCUGUGAACCAGCCAUCCCCUUCUUCCGUGAAAGGAGUAUUCUUAACGGACAGUGGUACUCCCUCUUCCUCUUCGUCCGUAAAUCGGCCAUCCCCAAACCCGACCGAUGAAAGGGUCGUAGAAUAUCAAGGGGCUAUACGCGAGGAAAUGGCCAAAUUAAUGCCGGCAGGGAUCACCAAGAGAUUCUAGUUGCAGCCGAACGAAUACAUGGGGGGAGUGCUAAUAUAGGAUUUCUUCGAUCACAGCUCCGGGAUUUAGUAGCAAAUGGCACUGAAAGUGAAGCCUUCAAGUACGGAAUAGCUGAGCUAGCGAAUGAGAAUUUAGCGGCAAAUUUCGCUGCGAUGCAUUUAGCGGAGAGUCCUUUGGAUCAAUUUGGCAUUCACCCUCUCGCUCUCGCUCUCGGUCUCGGUUUGUUCCUAUUUCUAGUUUUUCUUUUUCUUGCGCUGCGGGAAGUAUGGAAAAACAGGACGAGAGCAGCAUAAUCGUUAGUUAGGGGUAAGAGGGGAAUCUUAUGUCCAUAUUAUCUAAAAAAUAUAUGAGUGUUAAGCUUGUGCGCGUUGUUAUUUGUUGUUUAUGUGAGGCUGCAUGCGCUUGUUAUUGUUGUUUAUGUGAGGCUGCAUGCGAAUGAUUAACUCGUGUCUUUAUGUCCAUGUGAGAAGGCUAAUAAAUUAUCUCUUUUCUUUGGUCCGGAAAAAGGAAGUAAGACCCUCGAGACGAGAACUACAUAUGGUCUGAUACUGACUUCCUUGAAAAGAGGAAGACAAGUUAUGUAGGCAGUAGCCGUUCCAGAAAUGCAGCGGUACCACAAGUGCUCAUUCAUUGGUCCAACCUAGAAGCUACUUGGAAGACUAUGAAUUGAUUGCAAGUAAGUAUCAUGGACAAGGAGGAUUUUUAGGAGAAAGGAGAUCCUCUCUCAACCCAAUAGAUGCAAUGUAGGAAGACUAGUAUCUUUAGUCCAUGGGUGUAACACCAUAAGAUGGGAUUGAUGGUAAUCUAUCAUAAUCGUUUCCCUUUUUGUCUAGAUGACGUCCCCACGGUGUCUAUAAUUUAUGUCAACCAAUAAGAAAUACCCGAAAGAAGAUGCGUAGGCCUUCAAUCAUGGUGCAAUGAAUAUCGUAGAUAGAGUGAUGGAAGAAGUUCGAUCUCAUAUAGCUAGCUGGAGUCUUUCUUUUCAAAUCAAAGUGAAACGAUUUUCCUUUUACGUUGAGAUAUUUGAAUUGGAUUUUCUUUCACCACUACUAUCGUAACGCACAGAAAACACUGACGUUUCCGCUCGCUUUCAACCACUGCCACUUUACCUGAGCACUGUGACGCAGUCGGUCAAGUAUUGAGGCUAGUAUAUCAAGGACUUAUGAGAACUGAAAAGAAAAAAACUAGGCAAAGGAAUUCUCAAAGUUCAUUGAGUUAAGGAGGACCAUUCGUGGGGGGUUCGUGGAAGAGUUGGGUUCGAUUCCCUUUAUACGCGAUGUGGCGAAAAAGACUGAUUCAACGAAAUAUGCCUGCAUUAAGAUUUAAAACGUGCCGUCUACUUCCAGGAAAUGUUCGGAACAGAGAACUUUCUCUAAUCCAACGCCGCAUUCUCCGAAGAUUGAGGAACAAGAGGAGAUCCAUUAAAAGAAAUCUUUCUCAGAGAGAAAAUCUAAACAGUAACAUCAAAUCACAAACUACACGAAAGUUGUCCCUUUAUUAUGGGGAUUUACCCAUAAGGGAGAUGCACAGAGGAAGAGAACGAACUUCAUAUAUCCCUUUUUUACUCAAUCAAGAAACAAGAUCGGACGUGAUUCCGGUUCGUCUCCGUUUUAGUGACACUCUUCCUCAAGCAAGGCAGCCGAUAAGUCAUCGAAGGGUUUGUUUGAAUAAUGGACUGGUAACCAUUACUCAUUUUAAAGUUUCCCAUGGUGAUCUAAUAUCUUUUAAAGAAAAUGACGCGAGAACCCGCGGUGAAGAAAUAAGGAGAUCUUUCUAUAUCGACAUAUCAGUUGGAAAAAUCAUAGGCAAAUUCCUACCGGUCAGAAUCUGGAGAAGAACAAAACAGAAUGGUUCCGCUUACUCACAACUCAGAGGGGAUGCCGCUUACUACUAAAAUCCGGGUUUUUGCAAGAGUUGCGUUCUUAUAUGCAAGAAGAAGACUUAGAAAGAACAAAGAAGUUUGGAUCCGCAAAAGUAUGCUUAGGCAGUUCCUUCGCUGAGCACAACAGAAUGAAGAGGAAUUUGUUUCAUUUCAAAUACUUCUUCUUAUGGAAAAGAAGGAAGGAGGAAGAGGAAGGGGUAGAGGAGAUCCUCAAAGUUAUCGAGGAAAACGAAAACCGAAAAGAGCAAUAAGCCCUUUUGUUUACACAAACAAAUUAUAUAGAAAUUCGACCUAUUGCUCCGGAUCCCCGUUUACUAUUACUAGGAAGAUAAGAAUCAAAAGGAUCGAACUACCUACUCAUUAUUCGGAGGUGAAUCAUAGAACACUAAAAGCUGUGGUAUCUUAUGGACCUAACAUAGGUCACAUCCCUCACGACAUAAGAUUGAAAGAUCCAAACCUUCCUCUUCGGAGCGGAAACGGACGUGGCCAAAACAUAUAAAAAAAGAUCGGCCUAGUCGCUCAUAGGGACAUAUCUAUCCGGAUAGAGGAGAGGAUAGUCUAGAUCAAUUUUUAGAAAAAUCUCUCUCUAUAUAGAAUAGAAUAGAUAGGUAUCUCUGUGGAUAGAGAUAAAGAUAGGGAUCCCUCGAAAUAUAUGGAAAAAGUGCACUUUUUUACUACUACUACUAUUUCUUAUUCUUAGACGAAACAUCGUUUUUUCGAUUUUGACUGAAUUGGUCGGAGCGUAGACGAGCGAGCAGAGCCCAGGAAAGAGGUCAGAUCGUCAUAGAGCAGUCGACUAUAAGUAUAAGACUGCUGGCCUGAGAGAAGGCAGUCUCUCUCGGAAACAUGGCCCAGGGUUCUAUAGUAUAGUAUAGUAGCCAGACUAUAGGAAAAUCAAGUCUCAUGUUGCUCCUCAGAAACGCGUAUAGUAUAUAGUAUAUAGUAUAUAGUAUAUAGUAUAUAGUAUAUAGUAUAUAGUAGUAGUAGUAUCAUUGGCCAAAGUAAAGUCGAUGGACAAACGCUGUUCGUUAGAACUAGCAUUUUGUUUUGUCAUGGAAUCAAGUCUAUUUGUUCGAAUGUUCUUUUUUUCGUUUCGUUGGAAAAACCAACGCCGACGUCAAGAAUGGAUCAGUCUAGUCUCCUUUCUCUUUUGGGAGCAGAGCUGAAAAAGAUGGAAUUGUCAAGUACGAUGAUAUUUUUAUUAACGGAUAGAAAAAUGCUAUUAUCAAGUAGUAAACCCAUUAUGAUUGCAACUCGUGGGAUGCCUGGAAUCCCACUAAAUCGAGAAUCGGAAUCGGUGGAGGAUGUGCAUAGGGUACUCCGAGCCCUCCCCUUAUUUAGAGAAAUGGAAGGUAUCUUGCGUGAGAGGAACCUGAAUCUCCCGUCAGUACAGGAAAUAAGCGCUUUCCGUGUGAAUCUAUUCUCUGGUAUCCGGCGUGAGAGUGCGAUUGCGGACUACGACGCUUUUUGGCGCUCCUUACUCGAGGAGAUUCACACACCUCAGGGACGUAGUUGUUUUGGUCAGAGAAUACAAGAUCUGCACGCCCGAAUGUCUGCCGAGGGCAACUGGGACUACUUGAUUGCCCAACAAGGCAGAGGGUAUUUUGGUAACCUACCUAAUCUCAACAGCCCGUUGGAUCAAUAUCAAUUUGGAAUUCACCCAAUUCUGGAUCUGAAUAUUGGUGAGUACUAUGUCUCAUUCACAAAUCUAUCCUUGUCUAUGUCUAUGCUACUCACUCUCGGUUUGGUCUUACUUCUGACCAAAGUAUUUAUGGAAUCGUCCGGCCAGAAACGGGGAAGAGCCCAUGCUGUCGUAGAGGCCUCGUCGAGUGCUUCCGCUACGCCUAAUUCUGAGGAUGAUGAUAAGCGGAAAAAAGUGUCCCGCCAAGACGCCAAUGGCAAAGAGUCAGAGCCGCCCAUAAAUGGGGCGCAACCUGAAGUACCAUCCAUUGCGUUCUUAAAGAAAAGAAUUAAAACAGUUCUAAGGUCCUGUCGAGAUAGGAACCCUAGGGAGAGCACAUUACGCUCUACUUACGAGGAUCUUCACCUUGAAACGGCGAGCGCCGAGAAGCGGGUAAAAAUCGCCCAGGCCCUAGAAAAUCUGUACAGGCGAAGCCAAUAUUUCCGGAGUAACAAAAGGCAGCAGCCCCAUACCGACUUGAUUAUUCAAAUCUGCGAUUGGGAGCGUACGAAGAGGUAAAGAAAUUCACUGGUGUAGGCAUAGGAAACCGAGGCCCCCCAAACCCAUCUACUAUACGGUUGAGGUGAGGGGGGGAAAGAAGAGUGGGCAUGUGGGCUUCUUUCACU